UCUGCCAAGCUACACAUCGCGCCAGUUCUUAUGAGAAUCCCAUGUUAAAGUAGGGGUGGCGAAAACUGUAUCUCGGUGGCGAAAACUGUGACUUUUCCAUAUACAUUCAACGCACAGCAUGCUGAGGAAAGUCAAUAAUAUAUGUAUAUUUGCAGCUGGUUAAUUAUAUAAAAAAUAAAUAUAUUAAAAUGGACGUGGACACUCUGGAGACCGAUACCGAUCAUAUUGAUUCAGAACACACGCCAGCAAUGGAUUCGGGAGAGCUAACCGCACCAAAUUCUACCUCUGAAAAUGUUAAUGCUCAGGACUCGGAUAAUAUUAUUGACAUGGUUGAUGUCGAGGAUGAGGAUCUCGACGAUGCUAUGCUAGAGGAACUACUGAAUGCAGAGAGUGAGGAGGAAGUUGAUGACGAAGAUGACACUGUUGAGGAUGAAGCAGUGGAAAAAACAGAUGAAAACAAUGAGAAGCAAGCACAAACGACAAUUUCUGCAUCUUUGAGUGACAAAAUUUCGAGGUUGCCACUGUCAAGGAUAAAACAAAUUAUCAAGUUGGAUUCUGAUGUCGAUCGUGUGAAUGGCGAGGCCACAUUUCUCAUUGCUAAAUCUGCUGAAUUAUUCCUGCAGAGUUUUGCUCAAGAAAUUUACAAAGUAACUUCAAGGUCAAAGAAGAAAACUAUACAAUUGCGAGACAUAAAUACUUGCAUAGAAGAGGUCAUGUGUAUGCAGUUCCUGGAAGGUUGUUUUUUAGAACAACUGUAGUUCGAGUGAAAUAUUGAAAUAAAUUCAAAAUCAUUUGAGUUUUUAAA